AUGAGACGUUGGACUUUGAUGGCAGUUAUAGCCCUGGCUACAUCCGGGCUGGUAAAUGGCGGUUUACACGAGAAACGGCUGCUAAACGACCUGCUGGAUUCGUACAACGUGCUGGAGCGACCCGUGGGCAAUGAGUCCGAGCCCCUCGUGUUGAGUUUCGGCCUUACACUAAUGCAAAUAAUCGACGUUGACGAGAAGAACCAAUUGCUCAUCACGAAUCUUUGGCUGAAAUUGGAGUGGAAUGACGUGAAUAUGAGAUGGAACGUGUCGGAGUACGGGGGUGUAAGAGACCUCAGGAUCCCGCCGCACAGACUUUGGAAGCCCGACGUUCUCAUGUAUAACAGCGCGGAUGAAGGGUUCGAUGGCACUUAUCCGACGAACGUCGUCGUCAAGAACAAUGGGACCUGCUUAUACGUACCGCCUGGUAUCUUCAAGAGCACUUGCAAGAUAGACAUUACCUGGUUCCCCUUUGACGAUCAGCGCUGCGAAAUGAAAUUCGGCUCGUGGACGUACGAUGGUUUUCAGUUGGACCUGCAGUUGCAAGACGAGUCCGGAGGUGACAUCAGCAGUUUCAUCACGAACGGCGAGUGGGAUCUGUUAGGGGUGCCUGGUAAAAGGAAUGAAAUUUACUACAAUUGCUGCCCGGAGCCAUAUAUAGAUAUUACGUUCGUGGUUAUCAUCAGAAGGCGAACACUUUACUAUUUCUUCAACCUGAUCGUGCCAUGCGUCCUUAUCGCCAGCAUGGCCGUUCUGGGAUUCACCUUGCCACCAGACUCUGGCGAGAAGCUUUCUUUAGGGGUAACCAUUCUCUUGUCCCUCACUGUGUUCCUGAAUAUGGUGGCCGAGACAAUGCCAGCGACAUCGGACGCCGUGCCCCUGUUGGGUACGUACUUCAACUGUAUCAUGUUCAUGGUGGCCAGCAGUGUUGUCAGCACCAUCCUUAUUUUGAAUUAUCAUCACCGAAAUCCUGACACACACGAAAUGUCCGAGUGGGUGAGAGUGGUUUUUCUUUAUUGGCUGCCUUGUCUACUUCGUAUGUCACGACCUGUUGAAAAGGACGAGAAGGAAGGGCAAAAGUCUCAAAAACCAUCUCCAGUCACCGGUAAUAUAGUGACACGAAAAAGCAUCGAUACAAGUACUAGCAAGACAUACGGCGACCUGGAGCUGCAUCAGAGAAGCAGCAAGUCCCUCUUGGCGAAUGUCCUGGACCUCGAGGACAACGCCCUGGCGUCCCACAACAAUCUCCUGAAUAAUGUGUACAGCACCCCUGGUCCCCACCAUCCCCACACGAUGGGCCACGGGCACAGUCACAUACACGCGACGCCUCAUCAUCACCACAGCCACGCCGCGACGCCGCAUCAUCAACACGCAACGCCAUUGGCACACUCCUCUUAUCCGGCGCACCAGAUCGGUCACACGCCGCACCAUCAUCAGCAUCCACCAGAAACGCCUGGCCCCCAAGUCGAAACUAUACUCCAGAACGCGUGUUUUUGUGCGAGAUACGAGCUCAUCCUGAUCCUCAAGGAGAUCAAGAUAAUAACGGAUCAGCUGAAGUCGGAGGAGCUGAACACGAAGGUGACGAACGACUGGAAGUUCGCGGCGAUGGUGAUCGACAGAAUGUGCCUAAUCAUUUUUACUCUGUUCACCAUCAUCGCUACCAUCACCGUCCUGCUGUCGGCGCCGCACAUCAUCGUCACGUGA